UGGCAUAGAACAGAGCAGUGAAAUCAGUUGAAUAAUAAUAAUAAUAAUGAUAAAUGUGUAUGUUUUAUUAAUGCUUACACCUUACAAUUUACAGGAAGCAUUAACACACCUGACAUGACCUCAUUUGUUCCUAAAAACAAAAAGCCCUUUUAAGAAGUUAGCAAGUAUUAUCUUCUUCUUAUAAACGGAAAAAGAGAGGCUCAGAGAGCUUAGGUGCCAUGAAUAAAUCUUCAGAGUUGCACUGGAUGUUUCUAUAAUAUUGUCCUGUGCACUAGAUGUUUCUAUAAUAUUCAGUGCGUAUGUUUGGGGAAGUGUGUGUGAGUGUAGUCGUAGCCACAAAUGGAGAUAGAUUGGUAAAAAAAAAAAAGGAAAUUGAAUUGACUGGUAAAUUAUUAGUACUUCUGUAUACCACUUGGCAGCUAAGGGAUUGCCCUCAAUGUGUUAAUAGAAGCAGCAGAAUGUCCAACAGAUCAUUUCAAUCCAAUUAAAGUGAUCUGUUGUGACUGUGUCUGACUGGAGGCAAUGGAAGAAAGAUGGUUAAAACAUCCUUCCAAGAUUACCCUCUUUUCGAAUCCAAAACUUGAGCGAAUUUUUUCUGAGAAAUGAUGAUAGCAUGACUAAAUUUAUGUACUCCACGAUGCAUAUUAUCAACUCGUAAAUCAAGCCUCUUUCUAAAAGAUUUUAAGUAUCCUUGGAUAAAUUUCUUUAAUAUUUUAAUUGAAAGAUGAGGCACCCACUUCUCAUGAUUUUUAUUUCUGUUAGGCAUAUGAGAUCCUUUAGGUAGUAUAUCUGUUCUUUUUCUUGCUGAGUAUUCUCCUGAAUAAGAAGAAAAGCAGCAAAAUGAGACAACGUAGGGAAAAGGAACUCCUGGCUUGCUAUUUUUACCCGGAGAGUAUCCAGACCCUAUAUUUCUGGCUGGAAUUCUCAAAAGGGAGAAAAUUCUUUCCCUGGCGUCAAUUGUGUAACAGUUGUUUAUGCACCUCGUAGCCUAGAAGACUCCAUCAAAUGUAAUCCUCCCAGCAAAAUAAUCCCCGCUUUCAAGGGUGAAACUUGUGUAUAUCAAUUUUUGCGUUUUAGUUUUAAAAUUAUUUUUAUUUAAAAAUCUCUAUUUAAAUUUUUAGGUUGUAAAGUUGUCGAUAUAAACAAACCACUUCCUGGCCCCAGGUGAGACCCAGGGAGAUGUUAGGAGAUAUGAGCACAGCUCAUAAUAACCCACAUCCUGCUGGGCUUGCUUAUUUCUUUAGGAAGGCAGUGGAGCGUGAAAAUUAAGACCAUUAGCUUUGGAGUCAGACAUCCUUACUAGUUCUGAGAACUUGCACAAGUUACUUUACCUCUCUAUCCUGACGUUCUUCGCCUAAAGAUGGGAUUGAAAAUGGGUUUGUUUUGUGGAUUAGAUGAAACAAACUCUGGGAAUCAUGUAGCUCAGUGCCUGGUGUAACCUGUUUGCAUACUUAGUACAUGACAGCAGUUAUCAUGGUUUUCGGUCUCAGGAUAUAUCUAGCAUUGAAAUGGCCUCUGAGCAUGGAUCUUAUUUGGAUUCAUCACAGAGAUAGGGACUUCUAAACAUGGAAAAGAUCAAUGUACUGGAGAGAUGAGAUGGGGCCUAUCUCUGGAAGCCAGAAUGUUAGCUGGAGGCAUGAGACCCUUGGAGGCCGGCUUUCAAAAUGGGGUAGUCACAAUGUUUAAAGAGAACCAAAGACAAAACAGGCAAGCUUCACUGAAAGAUAGAAGCCGCCCCAGUGACUGGUACCUGGACUUUUCAAAGGUGAAUUACGUGGUAGAUAGGGAACUGGGGCUAUAGUGUAUGGAAUGGUUAGGACCCCCUGAGGGGGGAACCAUGGAGAAGUCAAUGAACAGUAGAGUGGACACCUGGAGAUUAACAAAAUGAUCUGAGGCCCAGGGGGAGAAUCUUGGGGUCCUUUGAAGGAAAGGUCUUCCAUCUGCAAAGGGACCACAGAUAAUCGUAGAAUUUAAAAGGGCCAACUAAGGAGAUGUGAGCUGUCUCCAGCGUCAGUGAGGAGCUGCAUUGUACCCCACAGGAAAAGCUUCAGGGGUCAGGAAAGAGAAUUACCUGACCUCAGGCAUCCAUGAGUCUCACAAAGGGGUGGGCUGUGCCUGGAGUGAAGAUGAGAACACAGGGCCUCACAGGGCUCAGCAGUUGCCAGAUUUCAACAGUGGCAACUUUCAAAUCCACCAUCACAGACGUAAGCAGCUCAGCUCAGGCACCAUUUAACAGAGGCCUUGAAAUAGCAUCUAAGAAAGCAAUCAUCAGGAAAUAGAGACCAAGGACAGUUACUCUGAGUAUUUUGUAACAUACUGGAGCCUUUAUAACUUGCUCUUGUUUGUGGUUUUGUUAUUCCAUCUAUUUCCUCGUUGGCAAGUACCGUCCUUACAUGAAAAAGGUCUAUGUGCAUAUUUCUAGAGACAGGAAAAACAGGAAAGCUGGGUAGCAUGUCAUACUCCAUAGCCCGGCCAAGGAAAGGAAACUGGAGAAGUAGAGAAGGUGGGAGCCCGUUGAAGGAAAAAAAUACUAAUAAGACCAAAUUCCUGGCACACCUUGCUAAGGGGAAAAGGAAUGUAUUGAGAGCCAGCUCUUGAAGGAUUCGUGAGUCCAAGGGCAAGGGACCUAUUUUAUUCUUGAUUGCCUCAAUUUAGGCUCCAAAAUUGUACAAGAAAGAUGACUAAUGGAAUUUAAUGAGUUUCUAUUUCAACAAUGCCCAAAUAGGCUUCCUUAACUUGGUUCAUCAAGAACAAUGACAUUAAUUGAGAAAAAUGAAAAUAACACUAAAAUAGACUGCAACCAAGCCAAUUAUGAACAAGCUUAGAUAAUAUAUAUAUACAUAUGCAAGUAACCGCAUUAUAGAAAAUGCAGCUGUGAAUCUUGAAAAUCAUCAAGCCCUAUUUUGUGACUGAAGGAUGGAGAGGCUGAGUUGUAAGCCUUUUCUGUUGAGCAGAGCCACCCUCCACCUUGUUUCCGUGCUGGAUUUCUCUACUGCAAUGACCGAGUACAGUCUUUGGACAUAAUGCAUCUCUGCAGGGGUUACUAGCAUCUUCCUGCAGUUACAUAAUGGCAGUUUAAAGCUUUCUGUCUUAACUCCUCCUUUCUGCCGUAACUCCUCCUGCUGCUGUUAGUCUGUUAUCUUCCAUUCAUCUCUCUCUCUUUGAGUUUGUAAAUUCAGUUAUUGCGUAAGAGGGAUGUAAUGACUUUUUCUUUAAACUUUCCCGCUUUGCAUUUGGUGAGCUCGAUAUCUCUCCUGUGACCUCAAAGAGUUAGUUGGCAGUGCAGUCCUCUUUGUCUGCUUUCCCCAUUGGUUUGUCAGAGCUGCGCUUUCCCAGUCUGUGAGUAAACAGCUGCCUUGUCCUGGUAGCUUGGAGGCCCACACAUAACCAUAGGACCAUAGGCCCCUAUGACUUCGUGGUCCCAAUACCUGGGCUUUCAAGGCCUCAAGCCCUUCCCUGAUGGCAAUGAUCACCUUGGUUAUUGGCCAAUGUCCACUGUCAGUGGAAUAGCAUUGUGGCCAUUAUUGGCCACACAGUUAGAGCUCCGCGAUCUUUCCUGAAUCUUCCCUGUGAAUAAUCUCUCCAGUUUCUACUCCUAGCCACUGAUCUUUGGGGGAGAAGCCGUGGUUUCUGUGACACUAGCUACUAAGGAGCCUAGCUUCAGCCUAAUUUUCCUUUGUGUGUGUGUGCACUUCUUUUCUUUUUUUUCCAAUUUUGUUGUCCUUUCAAAAUAUUCCUUUUUUCAUGGCUUCAGGGCAAAGAAAAAAGUAGUCACAUGUCCAAACCACUCUUGUCCCCAUAGAAAAUUCCUUUUCAGCACUUUUAAAUCUACUUUUUCUUGUUACAUUAGCCCUGAGGUUCAGGGCUUUUGAAAUUUUCUUUAAAGGAAAGCAUACUAAGGGUGAGGUGACUAUCUCAGUAGUCUAUGAGAAUGGGUGGAGUUGCAAAAAGGCACCUUCUAACUUCGAGCAAAUCACUUUCUUUUUCAACCCUGCAUUUAAGUUUUCUCACAAAUAAAAUGAAGGUGGACGUCGUGUUAUUUAAGAUCCAUCGCAGCUCUAAAAUCUGUAACUCAAAGCUUGCCUGUUGGAAAUUGGGCAACUCAGUCUUUAAGAAUAGAUAUUUCCCUUCAGAGCCCACUGUAUUGAUUUCUCUCCUGGUGCCUCUGCAGCCACAUGUCAGGGCCUACAGUUCAAAGAAGAGCGUGAGAACCCAAGUCAGCCUUGUCACUGCUAAUUGGUGUCUUACCUAGAUAAAUUAUCUAGUUAUCAGGUGUCUCUUCACUUUGUGACAACACGGCGUCAAGAAAAUUCGUUAAGAAUGCAAAGAGAACGUGUUCUUGUACUUGCAGACUCUUCUUAGGAUGAACUCUCAAGCUUUUGAGGCACGGGAGCCGAUUUCAGAAAUUCAUCCUGCACUCCUAGUAUUGUGAUAGGAUUUCUACCUUUGUCUUAUUUUGUAAGAUGAAAUGCCCUUGUAGACUUGAGCGUGAAGGCACUGCCAUCAUGUCCUUUGUUGUGGAGAAGGUUUGAGUUCUGUGGUAGAGGCAGGCCACAGUGUGCGUGUUCCAGAGGCCACUGCCAAGCUACACUCGGCUGGACGGAUGGAUGACCCUGGCUGCCCUGAGCACCCACUGGCUUGGAGCCUUGCAGCCACAUGGGUCGGACUGUAAAUACGUUUUUAAUAAUGUUGAUGAUGACUUAAACACCCGAGUAUAUUUGUUUUCUAUCUGUUUCCUUGCACUUUAGAAAAUACGCUGUGGAGAACAGAACUGUGGCGUUUCACUGGGACUCCCUUGGCUUUGUGCCAGCAGCAUUUUUAUUUCAGCUUUAACCUACUUACUCGUUUUUUUUUUUUUUUUUUUUCUUUUCAGUAAACAAAUAGAGUGCCUUAUGUUGAGGCGAGGAUUUGGGAGGAGUUUCAGGAAAAUCAUUCUUCACAUUUUAGAGAGAGGCCAAUGAGAAUUGAUCCCUGAACGUAAUUUGUAACAGCCAGGACUGAUGUGCACACAGAAGGAAUGAAGUAUGGAUGUGAAAGAACGGAGGCCUUAUUGCUCCCUGACCAAGAGCAGACGAGAAAAAGAACGGCGGUAUACCAAUUCCUCAGCAGACAAUGAGGAGUGUAGGGUACCUACGCAGAAGUCGUACAGUUCCAGUGAAACCUUGAAAGCUUUUGAUCAUGACUCCUCACGGCUGCUUUAUGGAAACAGAGUAAAGGAUUUGGUUCACAGAGAAGCAGAUGAGUACACCAGACAAGGACAGAAUUUUACCCUAAGGCAGUUAGGAGUUUGUGAACCAGCAACUCGAAGAGGACUGGCAUUUUGUGCGGAAAUGGGGCUCCCUCACAGAGGUUACUCUAUCAGUGCAGGGUCAGAUGCUGAUACUGAAAAUGAAGCAGUGAUGUCCCCAGAGCAUGCCAUGAGACUUUGGGGCAGGGGGGUCAAGUCAGGCCGCAGCUCCUGCCUGUCAAGUCGGUCCAACUCAGCCCUCACCCUGACAGAUACGGAGCACGAAAACAAGUCGGACAGUGAGAGCGAGCAACCUGCAAACAACCAAGGCCAGUCCACCUUGCAGCCUUUGCCACCUUCCCAUAAGCAGCACUCUGCACAGCAUCAUCCAUCCAUCACUUCUCUCAAUAGAAACUCUCUGACCAAUAGAAGGAACCAGAGUCCGGCCCCGCCGGCUGCUUUGCCCGCCGAGCUGCAAACCACACCCGAGUCCGUCCAGCUGCAGGACAGCUGGGUCCUUGGCAGUAAUGUACCACUGGAAAGCAGGCAUUUCCUAUUCAAAACAGGAACAGGGACAACGCCACUGUUCAGUACUGCAACCCCAGGAUACACAAUGGCAUCUGGUUCUGUUUAUUCGCCGCCCACUCGGCCACUACCUAGAAACACCCUAUCAAGAAGUGCUUUUAAAUUCAAGAAAUCUUCAAAGUACUGUAGCUGGAAAUGUACUGCCCUGUGCGCUGUAGGGGUCUCAGUGCUCCUGGCAAUACUCCUAUCCUAUUUUAUAGCAAUGCAUCUCUUUGGCCUCAACUGGCAGUUACAACAGACUGAAAAUGACACAUUUGAGAAUGGAAAAGUGAAUUCUGAUACCAUGCCAACAAACACUGUAUCAUUACCUUCUGGCAACAAUGGAAAAUUAGGUGGAUUUACACAAGAAAAUAACACCAUAGAUUCCGGAGAACUUGAUAUCGGCCGAAGAGCAAUUCAAGAGGUUCCUCCUGGGAUCUUCUGGAGAUCACAGCUCUUUAUUGAUCAGCCACAGUUUCUUAAAUUCAAUAUCUCUCUUCAGAAGGAUGCAUUGAUUGGAGUAUAUGGCCGAAAAGGCUUACCACCUUCCCAUACACAGUACGACUUUGUCGAGCUCCUGGAUGGCAGCAGGUUGAUUGCGCGAGAGCAGCGGAACCUGCUGGAGUCGGAAAGAGCAGGACGACAGGCGCGAUCCGUCAGUCUCCACGAGGCUGGCUUUAUCCAGUACUUGGAUUCCGGGAUCUGGCAUCUGGCUUUUUAUAAUGAUGGGAAAAAUGCGGAACAGGUGUCUUUUAAUACCAUUGUUAUAGACUCUGUGGUGGAAUGCCCCCGAAAUUGCCAUGGAAAUGGAGAGUGUGUUUCUGGAACUUGCCAUUGUUUUCCAGGAUUUCUAGGUCCAGAUUGUUCAAGAGCAGCCUGUCCAGUGUUGUGUAGUGGCAACGGGCAGUACUCCAAGGGCCGCUGCCUCUGUUUCAGCGGCUGGAAGGGCACCGAGUGUGACGUGCCGACUACCCAGUGUAUUGACCCACUGUGCGGGGGUCGUGGGAUUUGUAUCAUGGGCUCUUGUGCUUGCAACUCAGGAUACAAAGGAGAAAAUUGUGAAGAAGCUGACUGUCUGGACCCUGGAUGUUCUAAUCAUGGUGUGUGCAUCCAUGGAGAAUGUCACUGCAGUCCAGGAUGGGGUGGCAACAAUUGCGAAAUACUGAAGACCAUGUGUCCAGACCAAUGCUCUGGUCAUGGAACAUAUCUUCAAGAAAGUGGAUCCUGCACUUGUGACCCUAAUUGGACUGGCCCAGACUGUUCGAAUGAAAUAUGUUCCGUGGACUGUGGCUCCCACGGCGUUUGCAUGGGGGGCACUUGUCGCUGUGAAGAAGCCUGGACGGGCCCAGCAUGUAAUCAAAGAGCCUGCCACCCCCGCUGUGCCGAACACGGGACCUGCAAAGACGGCAAGUGUGAAUGCAGCCAGGGAUGGAACGGAGAGCACUGCACCAUUGCUCACUAUUUGGAUAAGAUAGUUAAAGACAAGAUAGGAUAUAAAGAGGGUUGCCCUGGUCUGUGCAACAGCAAUGGAAGAUGCACGCUGGACCAAAACGGCUGGCAUUGUGUUUGCCAGCCCGGGUGGAGAGGAGCAGGGUGCGAUGUCGCCAUGGAGACCCUCUGCACAGACAGCAAGGACAAUGAAGGAGAUGGACUCGUUGACUGCAUGGAUCCUGAUUGCUGUUUACAAAGUUCUUGCCAAAACCAGCCGUACUGUCGUGGACUGCCUGAUCCUCAGGAUAUCAUUAGCCAGAGCUUACAAUCACCGUCUCAGCAAGCUGCCAAAUCCUUCUAUGAUCGAAUCAGCUUUCUUAUAGGAUCUGAUAGCACCCAUGUUAUACCUGGAGAAAGCCCUUUCAAUAAGAGCCUUGCAUCCGUCAUCAGAGGCCAAGUGCUAACUGCUGAUGGAACUCCACUUAUUGGAGUAAAUGUCUCAUUUUUCCACUACCCAGAAUAUGGAUAUACUAUUACCCGCCAGGAUGGAAUGUUUGACUUGGUGGCAAACGGUGGGGCUUCUCUAACUUUGGUAUUUGAACGAUCCCCAUUCCUCACUCAGUAUCAUACUGUCUGGAUUCCCUGGAAUGUCUUUUAUGUGAUGGAUACCCUAGUCAUGAAGAAAGAAGAGAAUGACAUUCCCAGCUGUGAUCUGAGUGGAUUCGUGAGGCCAAAUCCUAUCAUUGUGUCAUCACCUUUAUCCACCUUUUUUAGAUCUUCUCCUGAAGACAGUCCCAUUAUUCCAGAAACACAGGUACUCCAUGAAGAAACCACAAUUCCUGGAACAGAUCUCAAACUGUCCUACUUGAGCUCCAGAGCUGCAGGAUAUAAGUCAGUUCUCAAGAUCACCAUGACCCAGUCCGUUAUACCAUUUAAUUUAAUGAAGGUUCAUCUUAUGGUAGCUGUAGUGGGAAGACUCUUUCAAAAGUGGUUUCCUGCCUCACCAAACUUGGCCUAUACUUUUAUAUGGGAUAAAACAGAUGCAUAUAAUCAGAAGGUCUAUGGUCUGUCUGAAGCUGUGGUGUCAGUCGGAUACGAGUAUGAGUCGUGUUUGGACCUGACGCUGUGGGAAAAGAGGACCGCCAUUUUACAAGGCUAUGAAUUAGAUGCUUCCAACAUGGGUGGUUGGACGUUAGAUAAACAUCAUGUGUUGGAUGUUCAGAAUGGUAUACUGUACAAGGGGAAUGGGGAAAACCAGUUCAUCUCGCAACAGCCUCCCGUCGUCAGUAGCAUCAUGGGCAACGGACGAAGGCGCAGCAUCUCGUGCCCAAGUUGCAAUGGUCAAGCUGAUGGUAAUAAACUGUUGGCCCCAGUUGCAUUAGCUUGUGGGAUCGAUGGCAGUCUAUAUGUAGGGGAUUUCAACUAUGUUCGGCGGAUAUUCCCUUCUGGAAACGUAACAAGUGUUUUAGAACUAAGAAAUAAAGAUUUUAGACAUAGCAGCAACCCAGCUCAUAGAUACUACCUUGCAACUGAUCCAGUCACGGGAGAUUUGUAUGUUUCUGAUACUAACACCCGCAGAAUUUAUCGCCCUAAGUCACUUACGGGUGCAAAAGACUUGACUAAAAAUGCUGAAGUGGUUGCAGGAACAGGAGAGCAAUGCCUUCCAUUUGAUGAAGCCAGAUGUGGGGAUGGAGGGAAGGCUGUGGAAGCCACACUCAUGAGUCCCAAAGGAAUGGCAAUUGAUAAGAAUGGAUUAAUCUACUUUGUUGAUGGAACCAUGAUCAGAAAAGUUGAUCAAAAUGGAAUCAUAUCAACUCUCCUGGGAUCUAAUGAUCUGACUUCAGCCAGACCUUUAACUUGUGACACUAGCAUGCACAUCAGCCAGGUACGUCUAGAAUGGCCCACUGACCUAGCCAUUAACCCUAUGGAUAACUCCAUUUAUGUCCUGGAUAAUAAUGUAGUUUUACAGAUCACUGAAAAUCGCCAAGUGCGCAUUGCUGCUGGACGGCCCAUGCACUGUCAGGUUCCAGGAGUGGAAUAUUCUGUGGGGAAGCACGCAGUUCAGACGACACUGGAAUCAGCUACUGCCAUCGCUGUGUCCUACAGUGGGGUCCUCUACAUUACUGAAACCGAUGAAAAGAAAAUUAACCGAAUACGGCAGGUCACAACAGAUGGGGAGAUCUCCCUGGUGGCUGGAAUACCUUCUGAGUGUGACUGCAAAAACGAUGCCAACUGUGACUGUUACCAGAGUGGAGAUGGCUAUGCCAAAGAUGCCAAACUUAAUGCUCCGUCCUCCCUAGCCGCUUCUCCAGAUGGUACCCUGUAUAUUGCAGACCUAGGAAAUAUACGGAUCCGGGCUGUCUCAAAGAAUAAGCCUUCACUUAACUCUGUGAACUUUUAUGAAGUUGCCUCUCCAGCUGAUCAAGAACUUUAUAUCUUUGACAUCAAUGGCACUCACCAAUAUACUGUAAGUUUAGUCACUGGUGAUUACCUGUACAAUUUUAGCUACAGCAAUGACAAUGACAUUACUGCUGUGACAGACAGCAAUGGCAAUACCCUUAGAAUUAGACGCGACCCGAAUCGGAUGCCAGUUCGAGUGGUCUCUCCAGAUAACCAAGUGAUAUGGUUGACAAUAGGAACAAACGGAUGUUUGAAAAGCAUGACCGCUCAAGGACUAGAAUUAGUUUUGUUUACUUACCAUGGCAAUAGUGGCCUUUUAGCCACUAAAAGCGAUGAAACUGGAUGGACAACGUUUUUUGAUUAUGACAGUGAAGGUCGCCUGACAAAUGUUACAUUUCCAACCGGCGUGGUCACAAACCUUCAUGGAGACAUGGACAAGGCUAUCACAGUGGACAUUGAGUCUUCCAGCCGAGACGAAGAUGUCAGCAUCACUUCAAAUUUGUCCUCAAUCGACUCUUUCUACACCAUGGUUCAAGAUCAGUUAAGAAACAGCUACCAGAUUGGUUACGACGGCUCUCUUAGAAUUAUCUACGCCAGCGGUCUGGAUUCUCACUACCAGACAGAGCCACACGUCCUGGCUGGCACAGCCAAUCCAACGGUGGCCAAAAGAAACAUGACUCUUCCUGGUGAAAACGGUCAAAAUUUGGUGGAAUGGAGAUUCCGAAAAGAGCAAGCCCAAGGAAAAGUCAAUGUCUUUGGUCGAAAGCUUAGGGUUAAUGGCAGAAACCUCCUUUCCGUUGACUUUGAUCGAACCACAAAGACAGAAAAGAUCUAUGAUGACCACCGUAAAUUUCUACUGAGGAUCGCCUACGACAUGUCAGGGCACCCAACUCUCUGGCUGCCAAGCAGCAAGCUGAUGGCCGUCAAUGUCACGUACUCAUCCACAGGUCAAAUUGCCAGCAUCCAGCGAGGAACUACAAGCGAGAAAGUUGAUUAUGACAGCCAGGGGCGGAUCGUCUCUCGGGUCUUUGCUGAUGGUAAAACAUGGAGCUACACAUACUUGGAAAAGUCCAUGGUUCUUCUGCUUCAUAGCCAGCGGCAAUACAUCUUUGAAUACGAUAUGUGGGACCGGCUGUCCGCCAUCACCAUGCCCAGCGUGGCUCGCCACACCAUGCAGACCAUCCGAUCCAUUGGCUACUACCGAAACAUAUACAACCCCCCAGAAAGCAAUGCCUCUGUCAUCACAGACUACAAUGAGGAAGGGCUGCUUCUGCAAACGGCCUUCUUAGGUACAAGUCGGAGGGUCUUAUUCAAGUACAGAAGGCAGACCAGGCUCUCAGAAAUUUUAUAUGACAGCACAAGAGUCAGUUUUACCUAUGAUGAAACAGCGGGCGUCCUAAAAACAGUAAACCUCCAGAGUGAUGGUUUUAUUUGCACCAUUAGAUACAGGCAAAUUGGCCCCUUGAUUGACAGACAGAUUUUCCGCUUUAGCGAAGAUGGGAUGGUAAAUGCGAGAUUUGACUACAGCUAUGACAACAGCUUUCGAGUGACCAGCAUGCAGGGCGUCAUCAAUGAAACUCCACUGCCCAUUGAUCUCUAUCAGUUCGAUGACAUUUCUGGCAAAGUCGAGCAGUUUGGAAAAUUUGGAGUUAUAUAUUAUGAUAUUAACCAGAUCAUUUCCACAGCCGUAAUGACUUACACGAAGCACUUUGAUGCUCAUGGCCGCAUCAAGGAAAUUCAAUAUGAGAUAUUCAGGUCACUCAUGUACUGGAUUACAAUUCAAUAUGAUAACAUGGGUCGGGUAACCAAGAGAGAGAUUAAAAUAGGGCCCUUUGCCAACACUACCAAAUAUGCUUAUGAAUACGAUGUUGAUGGACAGCUCCAAACAGUUUAUCUAAAUGAAAAGAUCAUGUGGCGUUACAACUAUGAUCUGAAUGGAAACCUCCAUUUACUGAACCCCAGUAACAGUGCACGUUUGACACCUCUUCGCUAUGACCUGCGAGACAGAAUCACUCGACUAGGUGAUGUUCAGUAUCGGUUGGAUGAAGAUGGUUUCCUGCGUCAAAGAGGCACAGAGAUCUUCGAGUAUAGCUCCAAGGGGCUUCUAACUCGAGUUUACAGUAAAGGCAGCGGCUGGACAGUGAUCUACCGUUAUGAUGGCCUGGGAAGGAGAGUUUCUAGUAAAACCAGUCUGGGACAACACCUGCAGUUUUUUUAUGCUGACCUAACUUAUCCCACUAGGAUUACUCAUGUUUACAACCAUUCAAGUUCAGAAAUUACCUCCCUCUAUUAUGAUCUCCAAGGACACCUUUUUGCCAUGGAAAUCAGCAGUGGGGAUGAAUUCUACAUUGCCUCAGAUAACACAGGGACACCACUGGCUGUUUUCAGUAGCAAUGGGCUUAUGCUAAAGCAGAUUCAGUACACGGCGUAUGGUGAAAUCUAUUUUGACUCCAAUAUUGACUUUCAGCUGGUAAUUGGAUUUCAUGGUGGUUUGUAUGACCCACUCACAAAAUUAAUCCACUUUGGAGAAAGAGAUUAUGACAUUUUGGCAGGACGAUGGACAACGCCUGACAUAGAAAUCUGGAAAAGAAUUGGGAAGGACCCAGCUCCUUUUAACCUGUAUAUGUUUAGGAAUAACAACCCUGCAAGCAAAAUCCAUGAUGUGAAAGACUACAUCUCAGAUGUUAACAGCUGGCUGGUGACAUUUGGCUUCCAUCUGCACAAUGCUAUUCCUGGAUUCCCUGUUCCCAAAUUUGAUUUAACAGAGCCUUCUUAUGAACUUGUGAAGAGUCAGCAGUGGGAUGAUAUACCGCCCAUUUUCGGCGUUCAGCAGCAAGUGGCGAGGCAGGCCAAGGCCUUCCUGUCCCUGGGGAAGAUGGCAGAGGUGCAGGUGAGCCGGCGCAAGGGCGGCGGCGCGCAGUCGUGGCUGUGGUUCGCCACCGUCAAGUCGCUGAUCGGCAAGGGCGUCAUGCUGGCCGUCAGCCAGGGCCGCGUGCAGACCAACGUGCUCAACAUCGCCAACGAGGACUGCAUCAAGGUGGCGGCCGUGCUCAACAACGCCUUCUACCUGGAGAACCUGCACUUCACCAUCGAGGGCAAGGACACGCACUACUUCAUCAAGACCACCACGCCCGAGAGCGACCUGGGCACGCUGCGCCUGACCAGCGGCCGCAAGGCCCUGGAGAACGGCAUCAACGUGACCGUGUCGCAGUCCACGACGGUGGUCAACGGGAGGACUCGCAGGUUCGCCGACGUGGAGAUGCAGUUUGGCGCGCUGGCGCUGCACGUGCGCUACGGCAUGACCCUGGACGAGGAGAAGGCGCGCAUCCUGGAGCAGGCGCGGCAGCGCGCGCUCGCCCGGGCCUGGGCGCGCGAGCAGCAGCGCGUGCGCGACGGCGAGGAGGGCGCGCGCCUCUGGACGGAGGGCGAGAAGCGACAGCUGCUGAGCGCCGGCAAGGUGCAGGGCUACGACGGGUAUUACGUACUCUCGGUGGAGCAGUACCCCGAGCUGGCCGACAGCGCCAACAACAUCCAGUUCCUCCGACAAAGCGAGAUCGGCAAGAGGUAACCCCCCGGGCCCCGCGGGCGGCCCCCUGCGCUGGAGCCAGCCCCAGCCGGGGCGCUGCGGAGCCGAACCCACCCACCUCUGCUCAGAUCAGUGUUCUGUAGCACAAUCCGAAUGGGACUCUCCGGCACAGAAGAGCCUUCCAGGAGAAUGAAACUGCUCUUAAAACAAAAUCCACAAAAACAGAAAACUUUUUUCUGAAUGACCUUAAAGGUGAUCGGCUUUAAAGAAUAUGUUUACAUAUGCGUAUCGCUGCACUCAGUGAGACUGGAAGUAUUAAAAGGAAAAAUAAAUAAAGGAAAAAAAGGCCUACCCGUUUUCCUCUAGGCCGCGUGUCCCUUUGAGGCACUGUGUUUAACUAAGGUAAAAAGGCAUACAGUGUUUCCAAAAUUCCCGAAUUGUCGACCUUUGCUUACAAGAAGUAGUCUGCAUAGGAUGUGAGCUAUAUCUCUGUUAAUUUUAAAAGGUGGGGCAAAAUUACUGUUUCUAGACAACCCAGCCACUCUCCUUGUGCUGCUUUGUUAAAGAACAUUGGCACGAGUGACUUCUGCCACCGCGGGGAUUUCCUAACGGACUUUACAGUGCUAACGUGGUUUGCCUUGGGGAAAAAACUGGCAAGUAGAAUCCUUGUCACCAAUAAGCAAAGGAAACCCUGGUUUUUUUGUAAAUUAUGUGAGACAAGUUGUUUAUGGAUUUUUAUAUGAAUUACAAUUUACUGUACAUCAAAUAUUAGUCUCAGAGGAGUUAAUUUAUGUAAAGUGUUUAAAAAGUUUAUACUUAAAAAUAAAAUGAUAAAAACAUGUGAACCGUGUGAUUUUUUUUAAAAGGAUUGCACCUUUUAUCUGUUAUAGCUGUACAGUAUAAAUUAUUAUAUUGUAGAGAUAUAACGACUUAUGCCUAUAAUGUCCAGAAGUGUUAAUAUUUUUGUAUUAGGUUGAAAAAACGUGCAGCUUUCUAUCACUAGAUGGAUAGGACGGUGCGGUCCUAGGUGGGUGGCUUGUCAGAGAACUGCUCUUUUCUCUUCCUUCUCUUUUCAUCAAGCUAGUGUCCUCAACCAUUAUUGACUAAGAGGCACAGUGGAAAACUAAGGCUGGUGGAAUGUAACGGAAGAUAUGAACAACAACAACAACAAAAGGGCAGGAGGGGUUCUGUGUCCCUCUGGGCCCUCAGAGUCGAUGGGGGGCUGAUAUAAUUAACCACAGGAUUUUUACUGUUACCGGUCCUUGAGGCUUUAUUUCAUGACGGAGGCGAGAGCCCACAUCAGAUGCCCGGGAAACACUUGUGAGAAGGAAACAAUCUGAUGAAGUCAUGACCACAAACACGUGUCUUAAAAUCUAGGAAAGAUAGCAGAAACCGAGCAGUGGCGAGAGAGCCAAAUGGAGACGCUCAGGGUCGCUCUGCUGGUCUUGGGUUUGGACCCUCGGGUGACCAAAAGGGAGACAAAAGCUCCUGUAAUGUGAGCCCACACGCCACAACCAUCCCGGGAGCUGAUUCGAAUGGCAGGCUCUGCUCUGUCUCGGGGAAGCGGGGUGGGUGGCAGAUCCAGCUGGAAGUGACCUGGCAGCCGUGCCUCCCGCACCGUGCGCGCGGCCAGAGCACAGCCGUCAUCCGCGCUUCCGCGUCGGCUCAGCCGCUCCUGCAGGUCUCUUUCGUGAGCGCUAAAUUCAGCCACAAAAAUAUUUUUAGAAAAUAUUUCUCAGUUCAUUGAGCUAUAGUACACACUGUUUUCCUCUCUGUAUAAUGGUGAUAAAAUAUAGCAAGUGAACAUGUCGUAAAUAUAAAGGUUCAAGUGAUGUAUUGAAAAUAAUUUUCUAACCGCUUUGUAUGUAUCACAUACUCUAAAUUGCACAGUAGGCGUGUUUAUUAAACAGAUUGGCUGGGAAAGUUUCAAAAUAGCUACUGAAUUUACAGUAUCAGUGCUAUUACUGUCUUUGUGUAUUUGGUAGAACAUACCGAAGUAAUUAAUCUUCUAAUGAAUGCUGAUAUUUUAUUAGAAUGAAAGCACAGAUUAGCAUUAAUAUUUUUUAUCCUGGAAUCCUUUGGCAAGUAUUACGAAGCCCAAAUUUAGAAAACUAUGAGAUUUCAAACCACAUAAACAUGGCUCUGUUUUACAUUUUAUUUUUUAACUGUUAACUUAGGUGUCCGCAGUUCUGUUCGAUGGAACUUCUGCAGGACUGUGCUGAGCAUGCUGUAAGUACUUUUGGUUGAAAUAGGCUCUGAGUCUGAAUUCUCAGAAAUGUUUCUGAUGUAUUGACCAUGAAAAGCUUGUACCACAUCACAGAAGUGAAAUCAUAACCUUAUCCCCUUCUCGACAUGGACUGGCCCUUUAUACUGGCACCGAUAACUAACAAAUUUGGAGUAUCUCCUGGUGCUUAUCUUAGAUGAAGUCAAAUCAACCCAAUUAGUGUCUUGUUAGUAGGUAUAAUGAGCCUAUUUCUUUCUAAAAAGACUUGUGAUCUGGACAUGCUUUUACAAGAAAUAGUGACCUUGGGGAAUAUGUAAACAAGAGACCUUUUUCUAAGAGUUGGGGGUGGGGGGGGACAGUAUCAUGAAAAGAAUUAGCUUACAAAAAAGAAAUUGAUAUUCAAAGUAUUUUAGGCAAAGCCAGUCAAAAUGCUUUCAUGAUAUUUUGAGAUGUAAAUUUUGUCUGAUUUGUAUUGUUCUUUUCAUUUGCCUUCUUAUCUUUAUAUGUGACCUGAAUUUUCCAUAACUUGUUGACUAUAGAUUGCAUCUAGGCAUUCCAAUAAAAGCCAACCCAAUGUG